AUGAGUUCCUUCGUCACGGUCGUCUUCGAUUCUUUCUACAAGGCACGUGGACAUAUCUCAAGUGAAUCACGUGGUAGAGUAAAAGAUAAAUUUUGCCAACAAAAUUCACAUAAUGUGAAAAUCUCAAAAUUAACUCCUUUCUCUCAACGAUCAUGGUAUACUGCUAACACGCAGCUGGAGCAUUUACACGCUCGUUACACAGGAACCGGUCACGCUGACUUGACUAAAUAUGACUGGAUUACACACCAGCACAGAGAUACGUUGUCGUCUAUCGUAGGACACCCGCCCUUGCUUUCGUACCUAGCUCUUGCAGAUGGAGAAGCACUUGGCCGGACAAGGUUCGAGAUGACAGAGCGAAUGCUGCAGCCCUGUGGCCCCCCUCCCAAGAAAGACGAAGAUUGA